UAGCCUUGGAUAUGUUGUAAUGAUCAAAAUUCAUAGUAGUAUUGCGCUAGUUGUCAGGAAUGUAAAUAGUAAAGAAUCAGUUUUUUAGCCUGUUGACUAGACAGCAGUGGAUAGCUAAAAAUAAGAGCUAGCUACAAGUUAACAUUGACGUUACCCGUUCUGCUGCCUAGACAGACAUCGAGAAUAUAUUUAACAUACUGUUUGUUUCCUAUAUUAUAUUUAUACCAUGGGUAUAGUUAAUAUGUUGGUAACUUACACCAGAGUGAAGCAACAUUAUUUCUGUAAAGUCGACGUCGAAGAUAAUAAUUUGUUGAUAUGCAGCUAGCGAUAGCAGCCUUAACAGCUGCUGAGCUGAGCAUUACCAUUUCUGGUAACGUCGACAUCUAUGUUAAGUGUCGGACCCGCUUGGCUCCAUCAUAUUUCUCCAGUCAUCUUUUGUUUUGCCGCUUGUAUGCUGGCUCAGGUUGAUACAUUAUGGGGAACACCAGUGAUCGUUUGUCCGGUGAUCGCCAUGGAGCAAAAGCCCAUCGCUCAGACAGUGGCAGCGACCACAAAGAUCUGGAGCCCAGUAAGAUGUUGGACAGCACCGAUGACCCCAAUAUCUUCAAUACAUACGGCCCUGAGUUAAAGGCGCCUGAAGUAAAAGACUUCACCCCAGACUUGGAAGAUAUGGUGAAGACUAGUCCUCAGGCCAGGCCCACAGUGAUUCGCUGGGGAGGAGGAGGAAAGGAGGUCUACAUCGCUGGCUCUUUCAAUAACUGGAGCACCAAAAUUCCUCUCAUUAAGAGCCACAAUGACUUUGUGGCCAUCCUGGACUUGCCUGAGGGAGAGCACCAGUACAAGUUCUUUGUAGACGGGCAGUGGGUCCAUGACCCAUCAGAGCCUGUGGUGACCAGCCAGCUGGGCACCAUAAACAACAUUAUCAGAGUGAAGAAGUCUGACUUUGAGGUGUUCGACGCUCUACAAGUGGACUCUCUGGAAUGUUCAGACACAUCAGAUCUGUCCAGCUCGCCUCCAGGCCCUUAUGGACAGGAAGUGUACAUGUUCAGACCAGAGGAACGCUUCAAAGCGCCACCCAUUCUUCCUCCUCACCUCUUACAAGUCAUUUUAAACAAGGACACAAACAUAUCAUGUGAUCCUGCCCUGCUGCCUGAGCCCAACCAUGUGAUGCUGAAUCAUCUUUAUGCCCUUUCAAUUAAGGAUGGAGUUAUGGUCCUAAGUGCUACCCACAGAUAUAAGAAGAAAUAUGUCACCUCUUUGUUGUACAAGCCCAUUUAAAGUGUUUGUGUAUGUGAAGGGGCUCGGCGUCAGCACACGUUUGGGGCUGCUGAUGUUACACCAGAACACUCCAGAAUGUUCACAGGGUUCUGGGCAGGACAACACACAAGGAGCAUUCUGAUGUGCUUUUGAAAUAGGUUGGAUGUUUUCUGGACUGAAGGGCAUACUGGGAACAAUUGCCAAUCGAGUGCUGCACCUAGUCAUUCUAACCAUGGAUGUUUGAAUUGCAUGGUUUUGCAAUGUAAAAAAACAGCUUACAAGGGCUUGUAUCUGAUAGCUAAGCAAUAUUUAUACCAAAAACUGUUUGAGGUAAAGGCAAUGAACCUGAGUUGUCAAUGACAGUGUUUGGGUGUCUCAUAUGUACUGUUUAACAGUGGCUUGUAGGCCAGUGAAGUGAGGGACAGUUGUUCCUGUAAGAUUAGCGUUGUGUACUGAUGCAUGGUGAUCAGUGUUUGAAUUCAUACUGCAUUUAUUUGAGCCUAAAGGAAGAAAUGUCGUUUUUGUUUGUUUACCUUGAAAGGUCAGACUGAUAAAAGCUAUUUACACAAAAUAGUGUUUACUUGAUCGGUCCAUGCGAUAAUGGAAGCACUUUAAACCCACUCAAUUUGGCAUUGAGAAGGAAUGUUUGCCUAAGAUUUUACCUAUGCGGUAGACAAAUCGUGUACUGUAGCUUUGAUGGAGGGUGUAAGCCCUACCACUGUCAUUCAGAUAAGAUAUCACAGUUGGAGGUGGCGUUUUCUUGCUGUUUAUAUUUGAUAUUUAUUGCAAUGUGAAAGUUUUAUUUGUUACAGAUGGCUGUUUAUUGUGAAUGCAUGAAUAGCAUGUGUAAACUCUUUUUAUUCUCUGGGUCAGAUACACUCUUUCAGUAUAGUGUGGAGUACAUCUAUACGACAGAUACACUCUUUCAGUAUAGUUUCUGAACAACAGAUUGAGUUCAAGGGAGAGACUGAUCAGUCAGUCAGUACUCUGUAUUUACAGUGAAAUUAGUUGAGUAGAGUACAUCUAUACGACAAAUACUGAAAAUGUUGUCAUUUGACUAGAAGGUUACGUACCGAUGAGUUCUAGCACACUGAAAAACUAAGCCAGGCACCAAAUCAACAUUCACUUAUGAUGAUCAUCCAUUCAACUAAUGUGGAGUUCUGGCAGGUUGUGCAAAUUGUCAAAAAUCAAGGCUAGUGCUGUUUGUGUCAGUCAAAUGUAAUUUUGGAUACAUGGCAAGAGCAUUGUAGUCACUCACAGUGAAAACCUCUUUUGGCUGUAUGUUGGAUCAUCAUGGUUUUAUUCACUCAUUAAACCCCCAUUCUUUAACGUGUCUUAUCACGUUCACCUGUUGGCACUUAGGUACCUUACUGUUGCUGUGCUAUUAUUGUGAUGGCGGUUGACCGCUAACACUGCAUGGUGUUUUGUGUGUGUAGUUUGCAUAUGGUUUCUUUAUUUUACGGAAACUAAACAUAUGGAAAGACUUGCAUUUUGAAAGAAGAACUUUGUUUUGUGAAGCUAUGUUGCUGUCUCAGUUGUUUGGAGAUUAAAGAAAUAACUGCCA